UCUGGCCUGACUUCAUACCGGAAAGCUUUGCACAAUGAAAUAUUCUCUCGCACUUGUGUUGGUGGCUGCCAUGGUGGCAUGUGUCCUGGCGGGAGGCAGAAGCUAUGGAGGAUAUGGAGGCGGUUAUGGAGGCGGCCGUGGAGGCGGUUAUGGUGGCGGGCACGGAGGCUAUGGAGGUGGUUAUGGAGGCGGUCGCGGAGGUGGCUACGGAGGCUAUGGAGGCGGCUACGGAGGUGGCAGCGGAGUUUAUGGUGGUGGUUAUGGAGGCGGUCGCGGAGGUGGCUACGGAGGCUAUGGAGGCGGCUACGGAGGUGGCAGCGGAGGUUAUGGUGGUGGUUAUGGCGGCAGUAGCGGAGGUGGUUAUGGAGGCUAUGGCGGCGGUCGCGGAGGAGGCUAUGGUGGCGGCUAUGGCGGUGGCUAUGGAUACGGGAAAUGAUCCGAUUGUAAGAAUUCAACAUGUUAAAGAGCUACACAUGUAUUCAUCCGUCAUUUAACGUCUUUUAUGAGUAAGUCGUCAAUGCAUGA